CCCUCCGCGUCACGUUACGCCCCCCCCACCUCCGCAACCCACCGCCAACUGGCUAUGGGCGCGAGCGCGUCGCGUGCGCGGAUGUUUACGUUUUUGGCGCCGCUCGACAACCGUCGUCCCUAACGCGCGCGGUGUGCGCACUUGGCACACAAGCAAAAGUGCGACCAACUCUCAUCGCCUCACCCCCCCCUCCGCCGCCGCCGUCGUCGCCGUCAAAAUUGAGAACAUUUCUGAGGGAAAGUCGACCGCGGCGAUGAAGGAAAACCACAGCCCGACGCUGUCCGACGAAGACGACGCGGACGAGGUCGCGUCGUCGUCGUCGACGGCGUCGUCCGGGUCGGGCUCGUCGGCCUCCGGAGGCGAGUGCGGCGGCGUGGAGUACGCGGGAACGCUUAGCAAGUGGACCAACUACCUGCACGGCUGGCAGGAGCGAUACGUGAUGUUGGCGAACGGCACGCUGAGCUACUACAAGUCUGAGCACGACACCGAGUUUGGAUGCCGCGGCUCCGUGUGCCUCGGCAAGGCGCUCAUUACGCCGCAUGAAUUUGACGAAUGUCGAUUUGACGUCCGAGUCAACGACAACGUCUGGUACAUGAGGGCAGAAGAUGCCAACGAGAGGAGAAUUUGGAUGGAGAUCCUGGAACAGAGCAAGCAAGAAAUUAUCAACGGGUCGGACUUUAACUUGCGCCGCCAUGGCUCCUUGGCCUCCAUCCUGUCGACCACCAGCGCCUUUUCUACCACCUCCAUAUCCUCUUUCAAGCGGACACGGGGGCUGAGGGAGAAGCUGGCGGAGCUGGAGACGUUUCGGGACAUCCUGUGCCGCCAGGUGGAGACGCUGCAGAAGUAUUUUGACGCCUGCGCCGACUCCAGCAGCCGCGACGCCCUGCACCGUGAUUGUGCUGUGGGCGAUGAUGAUGAUAUUCUACAUGGGCCAGGUGUGAACGGACCCCACCUCCUGAAUGGCAACAGCGGGCACAAGGAGAAACGUGAGAUGUGCUUUACGGGCCCCGGCGGCCGCGUCAAUGGCCUGGACUUCAAGGGCGAGGCCAUCACAUUCAAAGCGACAACGGCGGGGAUCCUGGCCACCCUGUCCCACUGCGUGGAGCUCAUGAGCAAGUGCGACGAGAGCUGGCAGAAGCGGCUCGACCGGGAGGUGGAGAAGAGGCGGCGGGCGGAAGAGGCUUACAGGAACACCUUGGAGGAGCUCAAGAAGAAAUCCUACUUCAAUGGACCCGAUUACGAGGAAGGGCCCAACAGCAUCAUUAAGGACGAUGAGUUUUUUGACGCAGUGGAGGCUGCCCUGGAUAGGCAAGACAAAAUCGAGGAACAGUACCAAGUGGAGAGAUCGCGGACUCAACCACUGUCAUCAGUGAGUUCCACGGAGUUGUUCACGACAACUGGCCAACAUCGUUACACACAACAGGUGGAGGAGGUGAUCCAGAGACACAUGCAGUACUCCCUGCAGGACGUGGGCGGCGACGCGAACUGGCAGCUGCUGGUGGAGGAAGGGGAGAUGAAGGUGUACCGCCGCGAAGAGGAGGAGAACGGCGUGGUGCUGGAUCCACUGAAGGCGACGCACUGCGUGCGCGGCGUGACGGGCCGCGAGGUGUGCCACUACUUCUGGGACGUCGAGUACCGCAACGACUGGGAGACAACCAUCGAAGGCUUGAAUGUUGUGGAAGUUCUGUCGGCGAACACACUGCUCGUCCACCAAACCCACAAGCGCGUGUGGCCGGCCUCUCAGCGCGACAUCCUCUUCCUCUCGUGCCUCAAGAAGGUGCCGGUGCCGCCUGUGUCGUCUGCCGCCCCGCCCGGUUGCCGCGGCGGUGGCAACGAUAACGACGGGGGCGUCGGCGCGCACGACACGUGGAUCACGUGCAACUUCUCCAUCGAUCACCCCGCGGUGCCCGUGACGAACCAGGCAAUCCGCGCCAAGAUCAACGUCGCGAUCAUCUGUCAGACAUUUGUGGACCCCGGGGCUCUGCCCGACGGCCACCUUCGGGAACACCUGCAGUGCCGGAUCACCUACGUGGCCAACGUGAACCCGGGGGGUUGGGCACCAGCAUCGGUGAUGCGUACAGUGGCGAGGCGCGAAUACCCACGCUUCCUGCGGCGCUUCACCUCUUACGUGCAGGAGAGGACACGUGACAAGUCGGUCAUGCUCUAGCCGGAAGCACCUGGCUAUCGAUGAUACCCACUGCAGAGGUGAAUGUGUUGGAAAUUGGGGGGGGGGAAAAACAUCCUUGUUUCUCUUUUAAAUCUACUUACAGUAUUUGCUGCUAAAGUAUACAAAUCUAACACUUGGGUUAUUUGUAUAUAUUUUUCGUAUUUUCGAAAAGCCACUUUAUAGAUUCACUAAAGGGAGAAAUGCCGAACAAGUUUCGUAUUUACGCGUUUGCAUUUUAGGCGAGCCGAGGCUGUGGCUGUUGCCGUGUACGUGUCCGCCGUGCUUGUGUUCGGCAUGUGGAGGAGCGACUUGAGGAUUUGCCAUACUCGUUUUGAUUGCACUGUUGGGAGCGGCAGCCCGCCCGCCCGCCUGCCUAUCGUAAACUACCGCACCGUGUGCGUAAGCGUGCGGUGCCACCUAGUGCAUACUCGUCAACCCAUGCGGUUUGCCCGUAUUCUUGUACAGGUAAAUUGUGUAAAAAAAUUGUCUAUUUGUUUGUGGUUUUCGCUCGUGAUUUGACUUUGUCGGAUGAAUGUUGAGAUUUAUAAGGGGCACGGGGUGACCAAUAAGUUCCGAAUUGGUCUGUAAUAAGGUCGGCACUGAUAAGGGGUUGACUGGUAUGCUAGCGGCACCGUCGCAUCUGCCCCAGUGGGUGUCGUCGUCACGUUGACGAGCGAUUGCUUAGAAAAAAAACUACAGCUGUGACAGACGUGAAGAAUUUUAAAGUAUGUACAUAUACUGUAUUUUAUUUUCUAUUUUGCCCAAAGUGGUCGAGAAUGUUGUAUAUUUUUUUUGGUGAUGGUUCAACGUUAACACCGGGUUUGAUUAAAUAAAGGGUACAAUAUAGAUGCAGAUCAAGAUGAGUGUUUUAUUUCACGUCACCUAACCUUGUUUCUCACGCCGACCUUGCAGCCUUGUUCUGCCUUUAUUUCCUCAGGCAGGGCUCAUGCCGCCACCACCACCACCACGGUUGUUCGCCGGUUUAUUCCAGAUUGUGGCAAAAAAAGAUUGUGCAACAUUGGCGCGCAAGGUGUUCAUUCUGGAGUACAGCAAGAUCUCGCAGUACGUGGGGGGGAGAGGGGGGGGUUAGGUUCUCCGUGUACCCCCGCGUAAGCGCGAAUUCACGUGAGUUGGGGGUGUUCGCCUAUGCGAGUGUAAAUAUACAACGUAAGAGUGCAUAUAAAAUGUAUAUAAAUGUACAUAAAUGUUGAAUAAAGUACAAAUCUGUACAGUCAAUGAUUCACUAACCAUCGGUAGCAUCCAGGUCAGAACACAAUUUUUUUGGACUCGUUUCAUGCACGGGCUAUAGUUGCACGCCGUCAAAUACACAUUUACGUGUGGAGGAGAUUUGACUCUCUUCCCGCCACGUGUGUAGCGAUAGUACAAGUCACAAUUGUAAGUAUGAAUCGGGGGUCGGUCGCGUAUAAGCGGGUCUGUGUACUCCUAGCCCGUAUCCUCUGAGCCCGCAUACUCUUGAGACCUUACUGUAUUGUUUCAUUAUAACUAAAGAGCGGUAGGCAAGUUGUGUCACCGCAGUUUUGCGCCAAGUGUACAUGUUUAUGACUCAAGUUCGAUUCCCUGCCACGGAUAACGUCACUGCACGAACCCACACCGACCAGCGUGCAGUUAAAGUUAAACAAAUCCCACGGACCAACGUGUUAUGGGGAAAGCCUUUAUCUGGCAUUGGAAUAUUCAAAGGGUCUUUACAUUAUUAAAAUGUUCAUGAUUAAAUAAUUAAGGUGAAAAAGUCCAAAGCAAAAUCCUAUCGUCGUGAAAAGGGGGCUUCGGUGGUUGUACAUUUGGUUUUCGUUUUUACAGAAACGCCAACUUAAAAUAGUCUUAUCGGAUGACCGCUCUUUGUCUCUGUGCCUUCCACAUUAAGCAUUCCACUUGUGAAAUUACCAAUUUGUCACUUUUACUUUUAAACAGCCAUUUCAGCCCUUGUACGUACAAGGACGGCCUAUAACCAAUGCACUGAUCUUGUCAGAUCUCGGAAGCCGAACAGUUUUGGAGCCUGCGUAGGGCUCGGAUGGGUGACCAACAUGAAUAAAACAAGUGUUGUUGGCUGCUGCAGGGCUAUGUUAUCAGGAAGGACAGUGGAGCAAAAUCCAUUAUUGUACUACCAACCCACACUGACCAGCAAAAAGUACGAUCAAAUAAUGUCCACAAUCUGCAUGGAAUAGGGUGGUCCUGGUCCUCAUCCAGCAGUGGAUUGAUAAAAUGUGUUAUACACGUACGCAUUAAAUGACAAAGCAAGUUUGGAGUGCCCAAGAACCCAUGCAAAGUUAACCUGUAGCAUCAUGCACUGCACCAUACUUUUUGGGAAAAAAAAAACAUUUGUUUGGAAUUAACGUUGCAGCACAGGGCAUGCCAUGCCAGAGGGAAUGAGUAGCAAGUUCUGGGAACGAGCCGCUGUGUUCACCUGUAAGAAUGACAACGCGCAGAGAUUCAUUUGUGUUUUAAUUUCUUUACUUUGUAAUGCAAAUAUGCACAGGAGGCGGUCUGGAAUUUCCAGAAUUGCAUCAGUUAUUUGCGUUGUUGCGGGCACAAAGAAUGACGCCCGCGGAAUGCGCAGACGUGAACUACGCCAACACGUCUCUGCGGGUAGCUGCACCCGCGAGUUGUAGGAUUCCUGGAAAAACCCGAGCUGGCUCCAAGUAGUUUGGUAACUUUGAAAUAGUGGUGCUUUCACAAAGGGUGGGGGGGGGAGCGGAUGUGAUAGAGAUCCUAGAGGCCUGGUCCCACACAUAAGCGAUCAGUUGCACAACCGAAUUGACGCUCGAAAUCGUCGCAGCUUACAUCAUCGCUCGCAACUGCUUUCGUCUUCCAUCGGAGUGAGUAGCUGCGCGAAAAAGGACGUGUCAAAAGAAGCCCAUGCCCUUUACCGAAUCGCGCCACCCACAUCGGGAUUGUAACGACCAAUCAUAGUUCACAAAUGUGCAGCACAAUGAAAUACGUUGCUAUAAAUCGCUCGAAAGAACUGUCCACUGUAAGCAACGGCUUGCAUAACUGGCUGCAGAGACGUCGACAUAUAAGCGAUUCAGCUGCAUGCAGCCAACCAAAAGUUGCCUUCAUCCUGUGACCAAUGGGGCCACUGGAAUGCCACGGUUUGAUGUUGCAACCAAGUUGCAAACCUGAUCGUGGAGGUGUGGACCCGGCCGUACAUCAUCCCACGGGGGAUUCACAAUCGCCGCGUGCGUUCACGAGGCGACAUCGCACAAAAGCCCUCGGGCCACGGCAAAUCAUUUACGGUUGGCGCGUUUCCCCUUCACAAACCGAUUAGAAACAACGUAUUCAUUUUUAAAAGUACAUCUGUAAUAAAAGUUACCCAUGAUACGCGUCCGAGAUGCACUGCUACGCUCGGCACAUGGAAUGACCUCAACCCUGGCGAUCGAUUUUUGAUAACGAGCGUCACGGCGUGUGCCCUCUUUGCCGCCCGGCUACUUAACUGUCCGGCUAUGUAACCGUCACCGCUUCUGCACAUGUCUUGAGCCUGUCCCCUUUAGCACAAUCAAUCAUCCUUGCCUCGGUUUUUACGUUGCGUUGUGCAGCUCUCCGAUGCGUUUUGAGGUUGUGUACCGCGUGCAGUUAGGGAUGAUGGCCAUCCACGGAUUUGAAUUUGGAUGGAGAAUCGGUAAAUGUGGAAGCACGCACUUUGUGGUGGGUUUUUGAGAAUGUAAAUGUUUGAGACCGUUCCGUUCGUGUUUAUUUCCAGCAGAGACACCUGACUGCUGAUUCAAGCGUCAUUCUGGGUUUUAAAUCGCUAGGGAUGCAUUGAUUCCACCCCUCCUGAUUCCACACAGUUUAAUGAAUGGUUACAAUUUGUGGUUACGAUUACGUUCACACGUCACUUAUAUUUUGCCCUGGUAGUGCGAGUAGAAUCAUGGCUAAAGUAUCUUAAAGAAGCAAUAACAUUGAGGAAAUAGCGAAUUCGUAAAUCCACAUGUUGAUGUACAUACCGUAGUAAAAACAUAAAUGGCAACAUUUUAAAGCCAAAUUGUGAUAUGCCUAUUGGGGUGUAACAAUUCACUCCCUCCUAAGCAAUUCAUUUUUAAAAGUGGUGAUUGUAGCAGGCUCAAGUGGUAGGAGCGGGGGUGGGGUUAUGUAACAUAACUUACAACGUACACACAAAACAACAGAUUCUCAUGUACAUCGUUUGGCUAAUGUAUUAUGAGCAUAAUUUAUUAAGCAACGAAUGUAUGCACUGUUACACACAACUCCUAUUCACUCGUAAACCUGUUGUGUAGAGCCCUUUUUCAAACCACUGCUGGACAAAAGCCUCUGCAGGCGGUGUCGGUAAUGGGGGGGUUGUUUGCUCUACCGUUGCCAUGCUGGUCACAGUACGGGUUGGGAAAGGAGAGGGGAUAUGGCCCAAGAUGGCUUUGGAUAUCACUCGCCACUAAUGUUUGGCUCCGUCCGAGAAUCGGGUUCUGGGUUGCUGUAUUUGCAGAGCGGUGCGCCGACUAUUGCGCCACCGCUCCCCUUCCCGCCUUACUCCUGGUGUCAUUUAAAUUGGCGCGAUGAGCGGCGCUGCCAUCACAGCUGCCUGGCGUUGUCUUGUUCCCAAGGUGGCGCUCUCGCCUUGGCCAGGCGCUGUGCCUCGGGCCGUGAUGAUGAUGACGACGACUUAGCUGCAGUCCUUGUGGCACAUUAAUUUACCACGUCCGUGAGGUGACGGUAGACAAUUUACCCUUACGCAUCUGCAUUACAACAAGAGACCAGAUGGACACAGGAGUAGCCCCCAUGAGUGGAGUUCAUAACCGCUUGUGUGGUUUCAUCAAGGUGGACCCAGAGGCGAUACGAGGCCCUAAUGCUGCACAGCCUCUCCUCAAUCGACAUCCGUGGUAAUUUCACAUCUAUUUAUUUUUUACAUCUGAUUGGCAAAUGAUUGCUAAACGUUAAAAAAAA